AUGGCUCUCAUCUGCGGUAUCAGCUCAAUGGCGAUGAUUAGCCUUAUCGUGCUCGUGGUACAGAACAGCCUGCUCGUUGUGAUGACCCGCUUCUCACGCACGAACGUUGAUGCGGUGUAUAACUACCACACCUCUACCUUAGUCAUGAACCAGGAGAUUCUCAAGAUGAUUGUGUGCCUGAUCAUCUACGGGCUCGAUGAUGUGUACAAAAAACACCAGCAUGAUGCCGUCUCGACAGAUCGUAUCAGCAACACCGCCCAUCAAGUGGUGGGGUUUGAGGUCUGUGUGCCGGUAACCCGGGACGGUAGGGUUCGCGACGUGGAGCACAGUGCCUCUCAGUCAGAGGGUAUAGAGGCUCUGUCAUAUCUCGGUAAAGGGACAUCGGAUGCGCACAUCUCCUCAGCGAUGCUUCUGGAGGCUAUGGCGGUGGGUGACGCCGCUGUAGAAAGCGCCUGUCACGUGACAGGCGAUCUCGGUACCAGCCACAACGCAUCGAGAGUAGUGAAGAUGACGAGCGCGUAUGGUAGUCGCACCGCUUUCUGCGUCGCAGCAUGGUUUGUGAGACAGGUGCGACACUUGCUUCAGUCGACGUCUUUGGCUCAACCGCGCCACUCGUCGGCUUUGGCGGGCACACGAGCGUGUGUCUCUGAUAAAUGGCGCAGCAGCGCCGAUGCCCUUUCGGCGUUGCGCAGUCAUGGUGUCUGCGUGCUUUACAGGCGCAUUCACGCCCUCUGCUCCCUCUACUGCUCCAUGCUGUACACUUCGGUGUGCAAGCGCGACACGCUGAAGCUGUUUCUACCAAGCUUCCUGUUUAAUAUGCAGAACUUCUUGAUCUUUAUAGGGCUCUCAAACCUCGACGCCGUGUCCUUCCAAGUCUGGUCGCAGACAAAGCUACUAUCCACUGCCAUAUUUUCCGUUUGGCUGUUGGACCGCAAACUAUCGCUGAUGCAGUGGCUGUCGCUUGUCGUGCUGACUGCUGGGGUGCUCGUUGCGCAGCUCGGGGCAUCGGCGGCUGGUAUAGGAAUGCGUCCUACGGAUGCUCCACACGUCCCGUACUCCACGAAGGCCCCUGGCCUUAGCGGUGCUAAGGAGCUGCACGCCGACAAGAGCAACGAGCCGUCAAGCAACGCGCUGAUCGGAAUUACCGUGUGUACGUUGUCUGGCUUGUCGUCCAGCUACGCUGGCGUGUACUUUGAGAAGGUUGUUAAGACGACGAGUCCUACCUUGUCGAUGCGAAACAUCCAACUCUCGCUAUUUGGCAUCCCGCUCGCGUUUGCUUCUAUGAUGAUCCUCGACGUCUUUCCGAACUGGUAUGCGAGCGCUCAGUGCGGGCAACGCGUGCACUGGAACAUAUUCUCCACACCUGUCAUGGGGACAAGCGCGAUUGGCGGCACCAAGGCCCACUGCCCCGUGCGAUCGUUUUACUUUUGGCAGCGCUACGAUGAACCCUUGACAUGGGUGCUGGUCUCUAUCCACGCGCUUGGCGGUCUGCUGGUUGCCGUCGUUGUAAAGUACGCGGACAACAUCUUGAAGGGCUUCGCGAACGGCAUCGCCGUGACCAUUAGCGGGAUGAUGAGCUCCGCCCUCGAGGGGUACGAGCCCAGCUUGGCCUUUGUGCUUGGUUCAGCGCUCGUGAUUGGGUCGAGUAUUGCAUUUCACAAGUUUGAACCGAAGGGCUAG